CUUUUCUGUAAAUUCCAACUGAUUUUAUUUCGUAUAGAGUAUCACGUGGCGCUGCAAAAUCCGAUACUGGGAUGUUGGGGCCGCAUGGGCCUCACCGUCAUGUGCGAUACCGAAGGUCACCGCAGAAGCUCUAACGCUUUGCACAACCUGCGCAGAUAUUCAACAAUGGCACCAUAUACAUUGGCGAAUAUGCUGCCUCCUCAGCCGACAAUGAUGGCUUCAUCGCUGAUUUUAACAAUAGGUCCAUAUAGACACAGAAAGGAUCUAAGUCGACAGCUGGUGCUUCUGAAAUAUCUGAUCAUAGGCUAUAUCGCGGCCGGGACGUAUGGUAAAGUAUAUAAAGCUCGUUCAAAAGUGCUUUCGAAGUCAGACACAACUGAAGGAGAGCAUGCCGAUGUUCCCGAGCCGCCCAAAUUCAAUCCAAAUUCCGAAAGCACAAGCUCCGAGGAGGUCCAGUUAUUUGCCAUUAAGAAGUUCAAGACCGACAAUCAUCUGUCGAGUAAGCCCAUGGCCAACGGCCUCAACGGACACGACAUCAACGGGAAUGAAAUCGUGUUCUACACGGGCAUCUCGCAAUCAGCCAUCAGAGAAAUGUCGUUGUGUAGAGAACUUGCGCACAAGAAUCUCACAAAGCUCAUGGAGAUUAUUCUAGAGAACAAGUCGAUCUACAUGGUUUUCGAGUUUUUCGAACAUGACUUGCUUCAGAUCAUACAUUCACAUUCCCAUCCUGACAUCAAGCUUAUCCCAGAAAGAACUGUCAAGUCUCUUAUAUGGCAGGUGCUAAAUGGCGUUACUUUUCUACAUAAGAACUGGAUUUUUCACCGAGACCUCAAGCCUGCGAAUAUCAUGGUAUCCAGUGACGGUGUCGUAAAAAUUGGAGACUUGGGCUUAGCGAGAAAAUUCAACAAUCCGCUACAAAGUCUAUACACGGGUGAUAAGGUUGUCGUUACAAUCUGGUAUAGGGCCCCGGAAUUGCUUUUUGGGACUCGAUAUUAUACGCCCGCCAUAGACUUAUGGGCUGUUGGGUGUAUUUUGGCAGAGUUGCUCUCGCUCAGGCCGAUUUUCAAGGGUGAGGAAGCUAAGAUAGAUCUUGCGAACAAAAAGUCGAUUCCAUUUCAGCGCAGUCAGCUCCAGAAGAUAUUUGAAAUAUUGGGCACUCCCACGCCGCAGGUUUGGCCUACCAUCCAAAAAUAUCCGGACUAUCAGGCCUUCAAGCAAAACUUUUGUCAAAAUACCUCGACUUUGUACUCGCCGAAUUUGGAAAAUUGGUACAAGGUUAUCGGAGGGAAAAACAAAGAGUGUCUUGCGUUACUCAAAGAGCUUUUCCAGUACGAUCCAAGUCUCCGGGUUUCUGCGGAUGACGCCAUGGUGCAUCCGUAUUUUUUAGAGGAGCCAAAAGUGUGCGAGAACGCUUUUGAGGGCUUAAGUGUAAAGUACCCCAGGAGGAGAAUAUACACCGAUGAUAUUGAUAUCACAUCUCAUAGCACCAACACAGGUGCAACCAAGAGACACGGUUUGGAUGAGGGAAUAAGGAAAAGACAUAGAUGAAUAGACUCUUUAAAUCACUG